AUGGCAAAAAUUAUUUUAACUUUGUUUGCUUUGGCUCUAACUUUAGGCCAAACAAAUGCAGUUAUUCAAUGUGGUACUGAUGUUAUACCAAAAGUAAUUUCUUGUGGAGGUUUUAUACUAGGUGAUGAUGCAAAACCUAGUCAAGCUUGUUGUGUUGGAUUGCAAGAUUUGGCUAAAAUAGCAUCUGCCUCACAACCAGACCGCAAAGAUAUUUGCUUGUGCUUCAAAGCUGCAAUGCAAGGUUCCAAAGUGAACUAUACAAAAGCUAAACAACUUCCAGAUCUAUGUCACUUCACUCCCUUUAUGCCAAUGGUACCUAAUCCUGAUUGCUCCAAGUAA